CGGGACCGGGACGGGAUCGGGACCGGACGGGUCGGGUCGAGCUGCACCGCACCGGGACGGGACGAGCCCCGCACCGCCGCCAUGCAGAUGUCCUUCUACUUCUCGGACACGGUGGUGCUGCUCUUUGACUUCUGGAGUGUCCACACCCCCACAGGGAUGGCCCUCUCAGUGCUGCUGAUCCUGCUGCUCUCCGUGCUGUAUGAAGCUGUGAAGAUGGGGAAGGCAGUGCUGCUGCGGAGGGCACUGCAGGCUCUGCCCCGGAGCCUCAGCCAGGAGGAGCUGGUGGAGCCCGAGGAGGGGGACACGGACCCCGGGCAGGGCAGAUGGUUUCAGUACCACGUCUGUCAGACCCUGUUCCACGUGGUGCAGGUGGUGCUGGGUUACAUGGUGAUGUUGGCUGUCAUGUCCUACAAUGCCUGGAUCUUCCUGGGGGCCAUCCUGGGCUCCACCCUGGGCUAUUUUGUGGUGUACCCCCUGCUUGGACGGGGUUAGGCACAUCCCCCCCCUCCUCCCCCAGGGAUGUGCUCCACACACCUCCUGCUCCUUUGCCUGGAAUAGCUGCUGUCCCUUUUGCUGGGUCUGUCCUUGUCCCCGUGCUGUGCAGGAUGCAGCACCCCAAGGGACGUCCUGUGGGGACCCCCAGUGCUGGUGGGGAAGGUGACCCCAUGGCCAGCACCCUGACACUGUCCUGGGCUGUCCCCCCCAGCUCUCAGGGAGCUUUGGCCAGGUGAUGAUGAUGAUGAUGGUGUGUGUGUGUGUGUAUGUGUGUGUGUGUGUAUUGGGACUCUCCUUCCCCCCACCACCACUUUUUGAAGGGGUUCAUCCUGUCUGGAACAGGUCUGGUGAGCUGCCAGCAGUGUAGGGGACAAGCUGGGGACAGGCUGGGGACAGCCAGCCCUGCCCCACACCAAGCCCCUUAUCACACAGUGCCUUCUGGGGAUAACGGGGGUCCUGCUCUCCCCCAUCCCUUCCCCCUCUCCCCGUCCUGCUCAGAGCUUCAGGGAUGGCGUGGGAGCAGCCCCCAAGCCCCAGGGGGGGCCAUGUCAAGGGGAAGAUACUUCUGGAGGUGCCUCUUGCUGCUUCCUCCCUUCGAAUAAAAUCACCUCAGUGGAUCAGCUCCUGGCUUGUGUUGCAGCUUGGGGGUGUGGGGGGUCAGGUUUGGGGUCCCUACCCCUCCAGCAUAGCCCCAGGGUGGCUGAUGAGGAUUAAGGACAGUCUCCUCUGGCUUUAAAUAAAGCU